CUGUUCUGCUUUUGCCUCUCUCUCGUCGCCUGCACUGCCGGCGCUCAAAGUAAAGUUUCAGUUUUGUUUACGAAGAAUUGAAGCAAAAAAAUGGGGAAGAAAAACAAAAAACCUGGGAAAGGCAAAGAAAAAACGGAGAGAAAAACAGCCAAAGCUGAAGAAAAGAAAGCGCGCAGGGAGUCCAAGAAACUCUCUCCUGAAGAUGAUAUUGACGCCAUUCUUUUGAGUAUUCAGAAAGAGGAAGCUAAGAAGAAAGAGGUCCAUAUCGAAGAAAAUGUUCCCGCACCAUCUCGCCGAUCUAACUGUACACUCAACAUAAAUCCAUUGAAAGAGACAGAGUUAAUACUUUAUGGAGGUGAAUUUUACAAUGGCAAUAAGACAUUUGUGUACGGUGAUCUUUAUCGGUAUGAUGUGGAGAAGCAGGAGUGGAAGUUGAUUUCGAGCCCCAACAGUCCCCCUCCUCGCAGUGCUCAUCAGGCAGUUGCCUGGAAAAAUUAUCUCUACAUCUUUGGUGGUGAGUUUACAUCCCCAAAUCAAGAACGGUUCCAUCACUAUAAGGACUUUUGGAUGUUGGACCUGAAGACAAAUCAAUGGGAACAACUGAAUCUGAAGGGGUGUCCUAGUCCACGGUCAGGUCAUCGAAUGGUUUUAUACAAGCACAAGAUUUUUGUUUUUGGUGGCUUCUAUGACACUCUUAGGGAAGUAAGGUAUUACAAUGAUUUACAUGUCUUUGACCUUGACCAAUUCAAGUGGCAAGAAAUCAAGCCUAAGCUUGGUUCCAUGUGGCCGAGUGCCAGGAGUGGCUUUCAGUUUUUUGUCUAUCAGGAUGAGAUAUUUUUAUAUGGUGGCUAUUCCAAAGAAGUUGUAUCUGACAAGAAUGAUUCUGAGAAAGGAAUUGUUCACUCAGACUUGUGGUCCCUUGAUCCUAAGACUUGGGAAUGGAACAAGGUGAAGAAAAGUGGGAUGCCUCCUGGGCCUCGUGCUGGGUUUUCCAUGUGUGUUCAUAAGAAGCGUGCUGUGCUAUUUGGCGGUGUUGUAGAUAUGGAAAGGGAAGGUGAUGUUUUAAUGAGCUUAUUCUUGAAUGAACUUUAUGGCUUCCAAUUAGACAAUCAUCGAUGGUAUCCCUUGGAGCUAAGGAAAGAGAAGUCAACAAAAGGCAAGCAGUUAAAGAAGAGUUCUGAGCAGAAGCCUAAUGGGUCGGAUCUUGGUGAUAAAAUAAAUCCAAUUGAAUUAGAAGACUGUGCUGCAAUUGACAAGAAUGAGAACCAUGAAGAAGCAACAGAUGAAAUAGAAAGUAGCAUGGAUGAACUAUCUGAGUGUAUGCCAACAAGCGUGACCAUUGAUGGCGGUAGAUUGGCUAAUAAAUCUGAUGGAAAGCUUUAUGAAUCUAAGACUGAAUUGGAUGUGCAAAAUUCUGUUUUACCAGAGAUAGUGAAGCCCUGUGGACGAAUUAAUUCGUGCAUGGUUGUCGGAAAAGAUAUGCUAUACAUAUAUGGGGGAAUGAUGGAGAUUAAUGAUCGGGAAAUUACACUUGAUGAUAUGUAUUCUCUCAAUCUGAGCAAACUUGAUGAAUGGAAGUGCCUCAUACCGGCAUCAGAAUCUGAGUGGGUAGUUGCAUCAGAUGGUGAAGAUGAGGAUGAAGAUGAAGACAAUAGUGAUGAUGAAGACGAUGAUAGCAAUAGUGAUGAGAAUGAUGACGACGAUGACGAUGAAGACGAUGAUGCACAGGUGACUGCUGGUCCUGGUUCUCUUCAAAUGGGAGAUGCUGUUGCUAUAAUAAAGGGUCAGGGAAAGAGUCUUCGAAGGAAAGAGAAACGGGCCAGGAUAGAGCAGAUCAGAGCUAAUCUUGGCCUUUCAGAUUCACAAAGAACCCCAAUGCCAGGAGAAUCCUUGAAGGAUUUCUAUAGACGUACAAGUAUGUAUUGGCAAAUGGCGGCCCAUGAGCAUACUCAACACACUGGAAAGGAGCUUCGUAAGGAUGGUUUUGAUCUUGCUGAAUCUCGGUACAGAGAACUGAAACCAAUUCUUGAUGAGUUGGCCAUGUUGGAGGCAGAGCAGAAGGCUGAAGAGGAAGAAGGACCUGAAACUAGUUUUAAAAAGAGAGGCAAAAAGAAAAAUAAGAAUUUAGCCAUUAAAUAGUUGAAGCUUCCAUAUGGGCAGUUAAAGAUGCGGAACAGUUCUGUUGGUUUUAGUUGUAAUAUUAAAUCUCGUCUGGGAUUAAAUAUGAGUUUUUCAAAUUUUAUUUAUUAUUUAUUGCAAUGCUUCAUCAA